UAACUUGUAAUUUUAUUCAGCUGGGUGGCAACGUGUGGAAAUAGUGAAUUCUGCAGCGAAAUUUCGUUCGCUGUUUGGCAAAAACAGAAAAGAAAUUUCAAAAAUUGUCGCGAAAACAAUUGAAAAAGUGCGGAAAAACUAUGAGCUGGAAAUAUAGAGGAUAAAAGGAACCUGAGGAACUCAACGCAAGUCGUUUGCAUACAUAUUUUGCAGUGAAUAGCAACUUUUAGAAAAGUGACAGCAAAAAACAUGGCGCCUACGCCGCUGCCACUGGAACAGAUGCCCGGUGCAAGCGCUGGCUAUUUGCCAGCUGGCCAGGAGGGAGGACCGCGCAUUAAUACCAUGUCCAUGUCGGUGCUGAUCGAUUUCAUUAUUCAGCGCACAUAUCACGAACUGAUGGUCUUGGCAGAAUUGUUGCCACGCAAGACGGAUAUGGAGCGCAAGGUAGAAAUCUAUGCGUAUGCGGCACGCACUCGACAUUUAUUUACACGCCUCAAUGCUCUGGUCAAGUGGGGCAACUCGGUGUCCAAAGUGGACAAGAGCUCACAGAUAAUGAGCUUCCUGGACAAGCAGAACAUGCUGUUUGUGGAGACAGCCGAUAUGCUGGCACGCAUGUCGCGGGAGACGCUAGUGCGGGCUCGUCUGCCCAACUUUCACAUUCCAGCUGCUGUUGAGGUAUUGACCACAGGCACCUACAAUCGGCUGCCCACGUGCAUACGGGAACGCAUUGUGCCUCCGGAUGCGAUUACUCCGGCGGAGAAGAAGCAGACUCUGUUGCGCCUUAACCAAGUCAUACAGCACCGCCUGGUCACUGGGAAAUUGCUGCCACAGAUGCGAGAAUUUCGCAUACGCAACGGACGCGUAACAUUCGAGGUGAAGCACGAGUUUAGUGUGGCCCUUACCGUUAUGGGGGAUAGCCCGAAUGUGCCCUGGCGUCUGCUGGACAUUGAUAUACUCGUGGAGGACAAGGAGACAGGCGAUGGCAAAUCGUUGGUGCAUUCGCUGCAGGUCAAUUACAUACACCAACUGAUCCAGGCACGUCUCGUCGAGAAUACCAAUGCACUAAGUGAGGUGUACAACUGUCUGCACUAUUUCUGCCAGUCGCUGCAGUUGGAGGUGCUCUACACGCAAACAUUGCGUCUCAACUACGAGCGUUUGGAUGACAACAAUAUCACUGUGGAGGAGUAUGUGCCAGGAGUGAAGCUAACUGUCUCCUAUUGGCGUGAUCUCAAGUCGGAGCUGGGCUACCGUCUCACCGUGCAAUCGGAUCCCAGUGAAAUAGGACGUCCUCUGGCCGUAGUUCAUGUGCCUUCACUGGGCGCCAAGGAAUCGGCCGAGGUUGCUGAUCGUGCUGUGCGCUCUGAUCAUCUGUCAAUGGAACGCUUGAUUGUGCAUACCGUAUAUAUACGAUCUGUGUCUCGAUUAAGUGAUCUUAAGCUCGAGUUCCAGGCCUUCCUUAAAGACGUUGACUUUAAUCUGCAAGGCACACCAGCUAUAUUAACUGUGCCCGUGCUGUCACCUUGUUUACGUGCUGAGCAGAUUCACAUAACCAUUGAUACACACACGGGAAUGUUCCGCUGCCAUGUGCCCAAGCACUUGGAUUGCCCGAUUACGGAUGAUAUGCAGGACUGUUUGAAUGGCGAUCGCAGCAAGCUGCCAGCCUUGUUAUCGGAACUACGCUAUUGGAUCACGCACAGGCGGUGUGAGAAAACGCUCCAACAUCUGCCUGCAACAGCCACUGAGACGCUGCCCUUCCUCACGCUGCCCGAACAGGAAUUAUUGCAGACCGGUCGCCAUAAGAUUUACGUAAAACUACAUCGCCAUCCCAACAUUAUUUUGGUGGUUCAGCUGAAAGAGAAAUCCGCCAUGCCCAAUGAGAUGGAGUACACAUUCCAUCUGGGCUUUGUGGUCUUUCAAAAGGAUGAGAGCGAUGUUGUGGAUGAUUCAGCCAAACAGUUAGUCUCAAUUGUCACACAGCCGCCCUCAGAGAUUCCCAAAUUGUACACGAAACUGAUGCGUCUCAUUGAGUUUGACACUUUUGUGGCCACCCAUGGUCCCGGCACUGAGGUUGAUGCAGAAAUAUCGCCACAUAAGCGCAAAUCGAAUGGCGACAUUCUCGCACCGCCUGCCAAGCAACAAAAGACGAUCUUUCCCGCAUACUUUAUACCAGAAUUGGCGCACGUGGUGGCCAUGUGCGAUGAGAAGAUACCGUUCCUCAAUCUGGCUCAAACGCUCUCCAAGCAUCGCAUUCCGCACAGCGGCCUGCAAGUGGAGGCAAAUGCCACAUCGCUGGUGUUGAAGAUAUUGGCGUUGCCAAAGCCAGGUUCCAAUCAGGCAGCGACGGGAACUGGAGAUUCAAAGCCAGCGGCAGCGUCAUCUGGCACUUCGUCGACAGCGAUACCCAAGAUUGAGUCACACGUUUGGGAUGAUCUGAUGCGACGUGUGCUCUCCAUAUCGGUGCGCUCGCAAACAAACAAGAACAGCCAGGUGCGCAUCUGGGUCGUGGAGUUUGUAUUCUACAGCACACCACUGCAGAGCACCCAUCAGAAGGAGCAGGGGAAUCGACGCACCGUCUACCUGACCUAUGAGCAGGCCAAUCAUGACUUCUCCAAGACUGUCGAGGAUCUGCUCAACGAUUGGUCUAAGAUUGUCUACCUGUAUACUCUCGUACACGACUUUUCCGAGCAGCUGCGAAACAAGCGUCUAAGUCUUGGCGAUAUGUUGGUGGUCAAGUCCUAUAGUUAUGUGAAUCUAUUGCUUGGUUAUGGGCCCAAGAAGGAAGUCACCUGCAACAUUUAUUGGUCAGUGCAAUCCCAUGGCUUUCGGCUAACCUUUGUGGGCGGCAUCUCGGCGGUGAAUGCGCACUCCAUGAUGCGGGAUCAACUUGCCCAGCAUCUCAAUCAACAGCAUAGCCUCACUAGCAUCGCUCACAUACUCCAUGAGACCUAUAAUCCCAUGAGCUCCAUUGCCAAGCUGCCUGUGCUUCCGCUGCUGGGAAUUCCUCGACCUCAAGUUCCUGUGCUGUCGUUCUGCAUGUUGCCACAGUCUCCCUGCCUAAUGCGAUUGACCUAUCAGGCGGUUUAUUGUCUGGAGCUGCGUUUCCGUGCCAAUCGCCUUGUCUCCAUACGCGACGGCGCCAGCAGUCGCUUUGAGCGCAACGUCAUUGAGGAGUUCACGCCCAUCCAAGGACUCAAGGCAUUCUUGUCCAAGUAUGUGGAUGAAUCUGCUGUUUAUAGAGGACGUGCACCGCAUGAUGAUGACAAUCCGUUGUCUCCAAUGGGAAUGGAGGAUAACUUUGGUGGUCCGAGCAGCGUGGCAGGUGUGGGCGCUGGUGGCUCCUCACCAUUUUUGGGCGCCGGCAUGCGUGGUCCACAGUCGCCAAGGGACAGUGGUUUACGGUUUCCGGCACCACACACGCCGCCUUCCAGCUCCAAUCCCCAUACACCGGCCAGUCCGCAUCCUAGCGCUGGCGGCGGAGGUGGAAGUGGUGCCCAGAGCCAUGCCAACUUUAAUUUGACAUCGCCACCAGCACCGCACAUGCCACAUCAGUCGCCCGGUGGAUUGAUGCCCUCAUCUCCGUUGAAUCCACAGCCCAGUCCGCACAUGGUGCACAGUCCGGGACCUAACACACUGUACAUGCAAAGUCAUCAGGAUUCACCCUUCACGGCCAUGUCGCCGGCAAAUAACAACUGGCCUGGAUCGCCCAGUAUGCCUCGUCCUUCACCCCGACCUGGCCAGAGUCCAGAGCACAAGAGCACGGGUGGAGGAGGCCAGGGUGUAGGUGGCGCUGAUCGUGGCACACGUGGUACUCUAAACAGGCCUUGGGCUGGUGCUGUUCCCACGCUUCUCACCCACGAGGCACUUGAGACGCUGUGUCGUCCCAGUCCGCAUCCCAAUAAGGAUAUCAACGUGGCAGACAUGAGUCCAUUGGAAAGAUUCCUUGGCUGCGUCUACAUGCGUCGCCAGCUGCAUCGCAAUAUUCAGAGCGAGGAGACACUGACGGCUCUCAACUCAACGGAACCGGGAGUGGUCCUAUUCAAGGUGGAUGGCUUGCAGUGCCAGGUGAUGCUUAAUCCGCUGCACAUGCAAUCCCUGCACUUGAAGGUCACUCAAUUGCCGCCGAUGCCAGACAAACCCACUUUCCAGCUCAGUCCGGAUGAUCUUCUUGUCAUCGAGCAAUAUUUCGACACCCGCGUCGCUGCCCCGCCCUAUCGCCCCAAUGCAUUGCACAGCAUUUGCCGACUGUUGAACCAGCCGGGACAUGUGCUCAAGGAUUUCGUACAGAUUAUGCGAUUGGAGAUGAAGCCAGAACUGGGUGGAGAUCAGCUCAAGUGGACUGUCCAGAUGUGCAUGCGAAUGCCGCCCUCGGCAUUGCCCAUUGUUCCGAUUGGCAAUGCCUGUGUGGUGUUGGGACGCAUGAAGAUACUCUUCUUCCUGCAAAUCACGAGAAUACCCUACAACGGCAAGGAUUGGAAAGACAGUCCGUCGCUGGUGCUGCCCAUUGUUCAUGAUAUAGGCUCAAAUGUCACACAGGUUGCCGAGAGACGCGAGCAGAUUGCACCAUCUCCGAUGAUGGCUGCGGCCAGCCAAUUGUUGCGUCGUUUUACCGACUUUGGAGUGCAGCAGAAUCAAUGCUCGCUCUUCCCGGCCAUCACGGAUCUGCUGACCAAUCUGCAGCUCACCACAGAUCUGCCACCGCCGCCACCAAAUCAGGCCAUUGGUCCUGUUGGAGUCGGCGUCGGUGUGGGAGUUGGAGUCGGUGUGGGCGUCGGUGUGGUGGGCUCAAGUCCAAAUCCAAUGAUGCCCAUGCAGCAGCUGCAGCCGCAGGUGGGACAUGGUCCCCAACUUGGUCCAAAUCCUGGCGGUCCGCAGUGAUGAAGGCGCAAGCGCCGCGCCUCCUCGCAACAGCCAUGAGGCGGCAUCCUGGCGCAAUUGCGACCAUCAUACUUUACGUAAUACAAUUCCCAAAUCAUUAUUCAUUUAUUUAUUGAUUUAAUGCCAGACAAGUUUGCGAUAACAAGAGAAGUCAAAUGUCAAUAUCAAGAACGAGAACAAGAUCGGGAUAUCUAAAUCCAGAAUAUACAUUACAAUAAACAACUAUUGUACAAAAGAUAGAUACACAUAAUAAAGCACUAACUAACUGUAAAGA